AGUCGUUGCUUUGCUUUCGCUCUCGCAGAGUGGGCAGUUUGGACAAGGCGCUGCACUCCCUUUUAACGAGGUUUUUUUAAAAAAAUCACUGUGCACUAUGUUUUACUUUCUAAAACUCGGAUCGAAGACUACCGCAUCCUGCCACUGUUGAAUUAGUUUGAAAUCUGCACUGUUUACGAACCCUCGGACGAGGUUGAUCAGCAGUGAGCUAAAGUGAAUUGGAGGCUGGAGCUUUGCUUACGUAACGAUAACCCUUUUGCUGUGAGAGGUGUGCACCGGAAGCUACAGUGGGAAUUCUAAGUGAGAAAUUGGUCGGAAGGUGAAACGUUAACUGAACGGAUGACAACUGAUACUUGAAACAUGUCACGUUCACCAAUACCACCAAUACAUGUUGGUGCUACAGCACCUGAAUCAUUUACUGUGCUGCAACAUCGGAUUAUCGCAGCUGAGGAGCAGACAGAGGCAUUAAUUCAAGAGUUAGAUGAUUUUGGAUUUGGUGUUGAGGACACGGAGGCAUCCAAGAUUUGUGAAUGUAACAGCCACAGGCCUGUAAGUCCCUUCCAUGUCAGAAAAGCUUUUGGAACUGAAAAUGAUGUACUCUGGAAAAACUAUGAAUCUCUCGUGAGUCGUGUCUGCCGGUUAGAAAGUGUUAUACAAACAAUGAAGUUGAAUUUAUUUCGAAUACAUACGGCAAAAGAAUUGAACCCAGAGCCUACAGUCAAUCGACUGGCUGCAAUGGAGGAAGAACAUGUGCAAGAGUUAAAGAAAAUGCAGCGGGAGGUAAUGCACUUCCAACAGCAGCUGAGUGAAGUUAGUGAAAAAAAGGAGGCUGCUCAGGAAGAAAUAGAAAGGCUGAGUGCUGCUCUUGAGAUGGCCACGGCAACUAAGACAGAUGUGACUAUGUUAGUGGAAGAAUUACAAGCAAAAAAGGACAGAAUUAGCCGAAAAUUGCACGAGAUGCAAAAGGAAUUGGUCCAGGAAGUGAGCCUCCGUAAAGCUCUGGAAGAAUCCCAUACUCACUUGCUGCAGCGUGUUCAGGAUAUGGAAAAUGCAGUGGAGGUUGAAAGAACACAGGUCAAGGUCCUGCAGCAGGACAUUGUCACACUCAGGAAUGAAGGGGAGAUAACUCGGGAGAGCCUGCAGCUUGAGCAGCAAAAAACAAGUGAUUUGGAGAAAAUGAAUAAGCAGCUAAAAAUAGAAUCAGAUACGAAAGAAUCCAUUAUAUCUCAGAUGGCUGUUGAAGACAAAAAAACACAACUGAUAUUAAGCAAACAGCAAGAAGAAAAAUUCAAACUACAGAGUGAGAUAUCAUCAUUGAAAGAUGUGGCAGAAAAAAUGCAGGCUUUGAAUGACCAACUAGAUAGACAGUGCACUGAACUAAGUAGUGCACUAUGCUCUGUUUCUGUGGACAAUACUAAACUUAUAUCAGAACAUGAAGCGUCCCGAAAGGCUGAGCAGGAGAAAAUGAAAGUAAAGUUGCAAGAACAAGAUCUUUUACUGGAUGCAGCAAGAGCAGCUAUUUCAGCAGAACUGCACAGUGCAGUGAAUGAAAAGCAACAGCUAAAGACUGAGUUAGAAACGUUAAGAUUGGAGCAUACUGAGAUAAAGCAGAAACUUGAAACAGUGGAGGAAAAGGCAACAGCGCAUAAGUUGCUUCUUGAGUCUGCAAUUGCCCAGCUGAAAGAGGAAUUAAAGGCUGCAGUUAAUGAAUGUGAAUGUAUCAAACAAGGAAAGCAAACCCUACUGGACCAGACAAAUAAGACAAUUGACAAUAUUACAGAGGAGAAGAACAAAUUUGAGAAACAGCUGACUGAAAAGCAGCUUAAGGUGGGUGCAUUGACUGCUGCUUUGGAGAAACAGGAGAAAGAAAAAGAACAGCUUAUAAAGCAAUUAGCAGCUCUAGAACGUCAGCAGCAUGCACAGGAGCAGGUGGAGCAUGCCCUUGCUGAAAUAACGGAGAGUAAAAACAAGUUGGCAUAUGACAAGGGAAAGCUACAGGCCAGAGUGGAGAAAUUGCAGGAAGAAUUGCAGUGCAUGUCUGAUGUCAACUGUGCAAAUAUUCAAUUACUGAAAUUUAACACAGUUCUUGAAACCAAGUAUACUCAGGUGCAGUCGUUAUUGAAACAAAAAGAGGAAGAUUUUGCAAUAGUAACUAAAUCUCGUGAUGAAGCAUUUCAAGAAAUCCAGAAGCUAAAAAAAUAUAUAGAGGUGAUGGAAGAGAGAGAAACUCAUAAGAUUGCAAAACCUCAGGAAAGUUUAACAUAUUCUAAGCAAGAUAAUAGUCAAAUGACAGUGACUCUAGAAAAUGUAUUGGCAUCGCACAUAAGACUCCAACAGACAGUGGAGAGUCUACAAAUAGAACUUGGACAAAGAGACACAGCGAUAAGUUAUUUGCAACGGGACAAGGGACUAGAAUUCAAGGGGGCUAAAAUUAAAUCUAAGAUGUUCACUGAACGGAUUGAAGCCCUGAAGAAACAGUUCCAAAGUGAAAGAGAGACUGAGUUGAAGGCCAGUCAGAAAGAAAUUGUGGAACUUAAAAAAUGUCUUACUGAUGCCACUUCCAAGACUGCAGAAGUGUCACGAGCCAAUAGAGAAUUGCGACUGAAAGUUUCUGAAUUUGAGAAAACGAUAAAAAGUCAGAAAGCAAAGAUCAAAGAUCAAAAGAUUCAACUAAAACAUCAUCUGGACACCCGAACAACCUAUGCACAAAAUACAGAAAGAGUGAAGGAACUUGAAGCAGACUUAAAACAGAUGGAGACAAUAAAAGAACUGUAUCAGAAAAAGAAUUAUGAGCAGUCUCAAAUGAUACAGAAGUUUAUGACAGAAGUGCAGAGUCUACAAGAAGAGCUUCAAAAUGUGGCGAAGUGUCAGCUUGAGUCAGCAUCCGUCUACAAACAGCAAGAACUCCAGUUAAAGAAGGAACAUAAACUAAGUCAAGAGCUGAGGACUAAGUGUCAGACUCUUGAAGCAAAAAUAAGGAGUUUGCAAAUUUGCAAGGAAGUAACUGAGCAGAAACUGAAGGAAGCUAGUUUGGAGUCACAACAGGUUAGUGCAAACCUAGAAGAAGCACAUUUGUGGUUUAAGUCCAAAUUUGAUAGUUUGCAAACAGAACUAUUGAAAAUGCGUGGAAUGGAUCCAUCAAAAGAAGAAUUAUGUGACAGAGACAAUUUACUGAAGACUGGCACAGAAAAAUUACGUUCAACGUCAAGACAAAGAGCAAAGGUUUUUGAACAGUCAGAGCAAUCGAAGUGAAUUUAUUUUCCAGCAACACCACCAGGUUUUUCAAUGGAAAUCUGCUCAUCUGAUUUGUCUGGAACAAGAAGAGAAUUAACAUACACUUGACAGGCAGGUUACACUACAAAGGAGUAUCAGAGAUAAUGGGAACUGCAGAUGCUGGAGAUUCCAAGAUAAUAAAAU